AUGGCCGGGGAGCCGGGGCUGCGCUGGGCCCUGCUGCUGUGCGGGGCCCUGCUGCUGGUGGACACAGCCCUGGGCUGCUCCUACGUGGGGGAAGAAGCGAGAGGCCUGCUGCGUGCCGCUGGCGAGGCGUCCUCCGAGCAUCCCGCCGCCCUCGUGCUGCGGGGCGUCAGCGUCAGCGAUGACCGGAACUUGGGUGAGGUGACUGAGUACAAAGUCCCGCAGGAAAAGCCUGACCCCUCUGCUCCCAUCGUCUUUGAAGCCUCAGCACCGUCGGUAUCCAUCCCACAUGCAGAGUCCCUGCUGCACGCCGAGUGUGAUGGGGAGGAGCUGACCUGUGAGAUCUCCCCGUACAGCUCCCAGCGGGCUGGUGACGGGCUGUGCCAUACCUCCUGGUUCAUGUCCACCCUGCGGCUCUCCGGCGGGAUCAGUAUCGCCCUCGUGCUCAGAGGACCCCACUGUGGCGGCUGGGAGGAGGAGGAGGAGCACGAUGCAACACUGCACCCAAAGCUGAGGCUUCCUAUGAGCAAGGAGGGGACGUUGCUGACCACAGUUGAAUUUCAGUUGUCAUCACGCAACACUUCUCUGCGCAUGCAUCUUGGUGGCUCGGUCACCCUCGACUGCCGCUUUGCCUUGGCUCCCAGCUCCUUGUUCUCCUCCCUGGAGUGGAGGAGGCAGCACCGAGGCAGUGGCCAGAGCCUAUUCCGGUACCAGGUGGGGAGCACAGGCCCAGCAUCGCAGCCAAAAGUCCAUGUGGAUGUGGCAGAGCUACUGGGGAGUGGAGACGCGUCACUUACCCUGCAAGGAGUGAGUGUGGAGGACGAAGGGAGCUACAUCUGUUUGGUGUCCACCCCGCUGCACCAGGCCCAGCACAUCAUCCAGCUGCACGUGGCCGCACCUCCAAGAGUUCGUAUCAUUCCAGCAGUGGUGUCAUUUGAGAGAGACGUGACAACUACUCUGGCCUGCAACAUUGCUGGCUAUUACCCCCUGGACGUCUUGGUGAGCUGGACACAGAAGACUCCUGAAGAUGAUACGGAAAUCCCUCUCUCAGAUGCACAUUUCUCCAGCCACCGGCAAAGCCAAGAUGGCACCUACAGCAUCACCUCCUACAUCAGCAUCAGCUCAGCCACAGCACGGGCACCAGCCACCUACAGCUGCCAUGUCUCACACGUGGCCCUGGCAGAGCCCAUCUCUGUGAGCACCCAUCUUAAGGCACCAGAGCAAAUGGGAUCGGAAGGACUGGUGGGGAGUUUCAUUGCUACCAUCAUCUUCAUCGUUGUCCUCUUCAUUGUGCUCAGGAGAAGAGCAGCUAGACCAAAGCCUGAGCAACUUCUAAGCACUUCGGAAUAG